AAAAAAGGAGCACAGUCCGUACAUUCAAAAAACAGGUAGCGAACCGCCAUUGGACAACGUACGUACUCCACCUGCACACACACACACACACUCACUGUAAAACGCGAAAUAUAGACAAGACAAAUUGAAACCACUAGACCCUUUUAUCCACAAAAGCGAUUUGUUUCCCCCCAACCCCAAGUGUUGGUUCUUGUGAAAAUUGAAGUGUAGAGAGAAGAAAGCUUGGUUCUUGUGCAGAGGCUGUCGAUUUGGAAGAAUCAACAUGAAACGACGUCGUUGCGGGCAGGAUUCGUCUGUGGAAUGGUAUAACUUAGUUAAGCUUCAAGAACAAGAUGAAGAACUUCAAAGCUCAGAUUCUAACGGAAGCAACUAUUCAGAUUCCGAUUCAGAAGAUACAGAUAGUGAUGAAGAGGCCCAGCUUUCAGAUGGUGUGAAGAGAAAAAAGCUGAAGCUGCUAAGGGAGCUUAAAACCCACAAUGGCCUAAAAACCCUCGACUCAAAAUAUUCGAAACCCGAAUUACUAUUCGACGUGCGAGUGUCGGUCAAUGUAAGCCACCGGCAAGAAAACGUCCCGUUUGUCCAUCUCACGAGUCAACUCGGAGGUCAACCAGUCGUGGGGUACCCUGUGGAAAUCCAAGUGCUGAAAAACGAGCUUUCGAAAACUUUAUGCUGUAGAAGAGAAAGCAGUUAUGCGUUCGAUAGGCUCGUUUGGAAAACGGGCAAAAGGACACCCGUUUACUAUGUCACAAAAGAUAGAAGAACUGCUGGUGGUGGCUCGAUGAUGCCAGCUGGCAAGAAUGGGGAAAUGCUCGAGAAGGGAAAAGAGUCGAGCCGUGGAAGCUGUGUGCGUGUGGAGCUCGUUUUUGGGAAGUUACUAGCGGCUAUCGUCUGAUAGAUUAUCGAUACCAAAUACGGAAUUUUGAUGGAUUUGUACCUAAGGCAGACUUUUGAGUUUUGUCCUGAUCAUUAGGUACAUUUUUUAAAAUUGAAAUUAGAGUAAUUUCACUAUGGAAAAUAUGUAGAUAUUUAUAAUUGUGUCUGACACCUUUGAGCUUUGGUAGCUUUUGUUCUCCUGCA